AUGCCGACCCGAAUCUUCAUCACCGGCGCGACCGGCUACCUAGGAGGCACGACCCUAGAUCUGCUGUGCAAGACCUUCCCGGACGCCAUCUACACGGCGCUCGUACGCACACAAGAGCAGGCGCAAGCGGUCGCCUCGGCACACGCCGGCGUGACGCCGAUCGUGGGUGACAUCUCCUCCGAGGCCGUCGUCACGGCCGCCGCCGCGGCCGCGGACAUCGUCAUCGACGUCGCGGGUGACAACGAGGCCGGGCUCGGCCACAUCCUGGCCGGCCUGGCCAGCAAGCCCAACAAGGGCACGCUGAUCCACGUCUCGGGCAUCACCUCCCUGAUCGACCCGGCCAACCCCAACCUGGGGCGGGCCGCGUCCCGCAUCUACAGUGACGUGACUGACAAGGACGAGAUCAUCUCCUUUGGGCCGGUCCGCGACCACGCGGCGCUGGACCAGUCGGUCCUGCGCGCCCACGCCGACAUGGGCGUCCGCACCGUGAUCCUGAGCUCGUGCCAGAUUAUGGGGAACGGGACCGGCGCGUGGAAGAAGGACAGCUUCGGCCACGGGCUGGUCAAGACGGUCGCGGCGCGGGGCCGGGGGUUCGUGGUCGAGCGCGGGGAGAACGUCUGGAGCUGGUGCUCCGUCCGCGACGUCGCGUCGGCCAUCGUCUUUGUGCUGGCGCGGGCGCUCGCCGACUCGCCCGAUCUCGCCUACGGCCUGGACGGCUACUACUUUGUGCAGACGGGCGAGGUGAGCUUCCGCGAGCAGGCCCAGGCCGUGGCGACGAAGCUGAAGCAGCUCGGCAAGCUGGAGACGGACCCGAUCGACGAGUUGACGGUUCCGCAGGCGACGGAGCUCCAUCCCUAUGCUGGCCUCCUGUGGGGCGCGAGCUGCCGCAGCAGAGCCGACCGUCUGAGGGCCAUGGGAUGGACGCCCAAGGAGACUGACUGGCAAGCUCUGAUGGACGAGACUGUCGUUGCCGCUGUGGCUAAUUAGGCUGGGGAAGUCGUGUGUAAAUACAAAAAAUAGAGUUCGGGUAACGGACCACCCACAUGUCGAC